AUGCCGAACUUCGACAAAUUCAACCCAAGGACCCACACCAACAAAGACAGCAAACCCAAUGCCCUCAAGAACCAUCUUGUGGCCGCCUCGGGCGAGUUCGUCGGCACUUUUAUGUUCCUCUACUUCGCCUAUGCCGGACACCUGAUGGUAGUCAACCAGGCUGCUGAGACCGCCCUGAGCAACAGUGCGAACAGCAGUCAGACUGUCAUCUUCAUCGGUCUUGCAUAUGGCAUGAGUCUGUUGGUGACGGCCUGGGGCUUCUAUCGGAUUUCUGGAGGCCUAUUCAACCCUGCGGUCACCCUUGGCAUGGUCCUCGCCGGUGCGCUGCCCCCAGUCCGAGGUCUCAUCCUGCUCCCGGCGCAGCUUCUGGGCUGCAUGGUUGCCGGAGGCCUCGUUUCCGCCAUGUUCCCUGGAAACAUUGCCGACGUCAACACCACGCUUUCUCCCGGCACUUCUAUCACUCAAGGCGUUUUCAUCGAGAUGUUCCUGACCUGCCUGCUCAUCUUCAUCGUGCUCAUGCUCGCUGCGGAAAAGAGCAAAGACACCUUCAUCGCUCCUGUCGGCAUUGGCCUUGCUCUUUUCGUUGCUGAAAUUGCUGGUGUCUACUAUACUGGUGGCUCUCUCAACCCCGCUCGCAGCUUCGGCUGUGCCGUCGCCGCUAGGGAAUUCCCUGGCUACCACUGGAUCUACUGGGUCGGCCCGUUCCUUGGUGCCAUCGUUACAGCUGGCUACUUCCGCUUUGUCAAGGCCAUGAACUACGAGGAGGCCAAUCCCGGCCAGGACUCUGCGGAUGGCGAUUUCGCGUAUGAUUGA